AUGAAACACGGAUUGUUGCUGGUGGGUCUGUUCCUCGCCAUGAAACUCUGCUCAAGCCAGUCCAGCUGUGAGGAGCCUUCUGCUGGGAUGCACAGAUCAACCGCAGACUCAGCGGUAAGGAAGUUUCUCAUCCAACCGUAUCUAUUUAACCCUCAUAUGGUAACGCGUAAAAAUACGCAUUUUUAUCUAGGUAUAUAAUGGUUUAAAACAUAAUUGUGAAUUCAAAUCAAAUGACCGUAGGGAUCGGAUCCAAUUAAAGCCGCAUCUGCAGAAAGAUAACCUUGUUCAUGUGCCAUCACGGUUUUAUUUUUUUAGGACUGAUUUCAUGCCUAGAAAUGGAAGAAAACGAUGCUUUGUCUUUACAGGAUACUCCAGGUCUUGAAAACCUCAAGCGGACCAUUCUGAAGAGAUAUAACGACCUGGAUUAUGACAGUUUCGUUGGGUUGAUGGGGAGAAGGGGCGCUGGUAAGCUUCAGCUCUGUCGCUGCAUCCUAUGAUCAAUCAUCAAAGUUAAGACCCUCAGCAGACAACAGUUGUCAAUGAGUAAUCUCAGUGCUUGACUUGGACUGAAAUAUUGGGUGCGGUUACUGUUUAUAUUUAAGUGCAAAAUCGCCACUAUACUUUUGAGCUAAUAUUCUAUAAGAGGAACAGGAGCUCAAGCAGUAGAAAAUUGGAGGUACAAGUACUCAGCUCUGGUGAGCUACUGCCCAAGUCAAGCACUGAGUAAUCUUUGAUAAUGGAUAGAGGGGGUUAUACUGAUACUGUAUCACUGAGACUUCUCUGUUUUGAUUAAAUUGACAAUGUGCACUAGUCUUUAUUUACUCAAACAUUUUCAAUGCUGAAGCAGGAGUUCACUGCAGGGAAUACACAUUCUUCACAGCACUACUUAACUUUUUAUUGGGUUUUAUGAAUUUUUGACAAUUGACUUGCUUUUUCACAGAUAUUUAUGAUCUACCACCCUCUCCACAUAAAAGUAAGGAAUAACCAUUGAUUUACUGUUUGUUUUACGUAUCAAUAGAAAUGUUAUUAACUUUUAAUUGAACAAUAAUGACAAAUGUAAUUUCAUAUACUGCGAACACCGGCAUUUGAUAAUGAUUUAACCGUUUUUGUCACAGGAGAGAUGGAUGAUGUCUUUGUUGGGCUUAUGGGCAGAAGGAACUUGGAACAGGGUGAGUGUGGGUGGGUGGGCAAGCGUGCAUGAUAAUCUAAUCGAACCUAAUGGUCCUCUGCAGCUCAGCUUGUGUGGCUCAGUUGGUAAGAGUGUGGUACUAGCAAUAAACACCAAGGUCAUGGGCUCAUUCCCACAGGGAUAAUAUUUUAAGUUGCUUUGGAUAAAAGCAUCUGCAUACAUGAUCAUACCCCUUUCCUGCAGUCAAAAUACCACAUCACCUUCUAGUGGACUCAUGGGUGGAAUGUUAUUAAUAUUUUUCACAAUUUCAUAAUUAAUACACUUUUUUUUUUUACGUAGAAAAUCCGGUGUUUCUGUGUCAAGCGGUUUUGUUAUAUUUCAGUCUUCUAUGAUGUAUAUAAAGGGUAAUAUUGGGAUGCAAACUCAAAAUUGAAUACAUUUCAACUCUAUAUCUGACAUGGUACAGGUGUCUUCUUUUUUAAGCCCAUGACCAUGUGUGUGAGGUGUAUACUGUUGUUUCAAAGUAGAUUUGUUUAAGACUACCAAGAAACACUCUGUGUGACCCUGAUUUAGCCCACUGCAGUAAAAGGUUAAUUAAUCUCCAUAAUAAUCCAAUGUGCAGUGGAGGUAAUGCAUUUUUUCAGCUCAGUGACUCAGUGUGUGUUCUUUCUAACAGGUAUCAUACGUCCUUUGAGAAAGGAGGCGUACCCUGAGACAAGAAGAGGAGGCUUAUUCUUUAACAAGUGCAGGCUG